AUGGCAUCCGGCGCGCUCGGAUUUCGUCUCCUCGACGCAGACCAGCAUUUCUUCCAGGUGACAGGUCUUUCGCGGGCGGCUUACAAGGCGGAACACGGUGCCGUGAAAUAUCGACGUGAGGAAUUGAGAUUGAUGAGGGCAAUGCUAUUCGAUAACCCAACAAGAGCCGUCAUUGCAUGCGGGCCUGGAGCCGUGGAGGGUACAGGUCAGACCUGGCUAUCUGAGUACGCCCAGGCUCACCCAGUCAUCUACGUCCUACGAGACGCCGAGGAAAUCAAAAGACAUCUGCGGGUUUGGGAUACAGAAGCCAUCAGCCGCUUGAUAUACUUGAGCGGGCCAACACAUAGGUCGCUUUCCAAUUUCGAGUUCUACAAUAUCUCGGACAGCUACGGCCAGGUAGCUGAUCAUGUUUCUGGAUCCGGCCAGCAGUCUCCGAGGUCUUUAGCCCUCAAGCGGGUAGAGCACGACUUCCUUGAACUGCUGUUCCGCAUCACCAACCGCGACCAUCACGAAUCAGGAUUGUACCACGUCAGCCAUGGCACGCCAUCGUUAGCUCCAGAACACAGACCUUUCACCUACUCCCUGACUUUGCCGAUGAUGGAUGUGGACAACGCUGGACCAUUGCUCCGAGAUAUCAACACGACAGCUGAUGUUGCAGAGUUGGUGAUAUCACUACGAGAGAUGCGGGCCAGAUCACCCAACUUCGACGAGCCGGUGGCCAAUUUGAUCAGCCGGCAGUACUACGCCGUCAAGCGAUACACGCGCCUUCCUGUCAUAUUCAACGUUCAGUUCGACGACUCCUGUCCGCGGCAAGACUUGGUCUACUAUCUUCGCCUCAUCGAUCACGGCCUCCGACUCGCACCAGAGUAUCUUUGCGUGGACUUGAGCUGCGGCGAGCAAAUUCUCAAAAGCAUAAUUGCAGCCAGAGGAACGGCGAAGAUCAUCGGACAAUAUACCGACAACACGGUCUUGGAACACGGUUGGGACAACCCAGCACUUACAGCCCACGCACAGCUUGCGGAACGCUUGGGCUGCGAUAUCGUACGGAUAUGCCGAGAAGCCGAGUCGACAACAGACAACUUUGCGGCCAAGUACUUCAUUCAGAGCAAAUCAGCAGACUUUCAAAUUCCGCUCAUCGCCUAUAAUACCGGCCGCCUGGGGAGAAUGUCCUGUUACUUGAAUCAGGUAUUCUCCCCAGUAACCGACCCUCUGCUGAGGUCCAUCACCUCAUCACCUUUGAACGAUACCCUCCUCACCAUCCAGGAAGCCCAAAAAGCUCUGUACUCUUCUUUCCUCCUGGACCCCAUGUACUUUGGUAUCUAUGGCAUCAACGUGCUGCAGAGUCUAUCGCCGGCAAUGCAUAACGCUGCAUUCGAAUCAUGCGGAAUGCCUCACGAAUACAAAAUCUUUCAGCACCCUACAGUUAACCACCUGAGACACCUGAUAUCGGACGAGAACUUUGGAGGAGCCAGUAUCACUGCCCCGUUCAAGAAGGAGGUAUUUGCACUGGUAGAUCUGACAAGCCCAGAGGCGCAGGCCAUUGGUGCCGUCAACACGUUGAUACCUCUCCGGUCAGCAAGCAUCAACUCUCUGAUCGACCGAAACAGAACAGGCCCCGUUGCGGCUCUUUAUGGAGACAAUACCGAUUGGAUUGGCAUUCAUACAUGCAUACGCCAUAAUCUCUCCCCCAUCAAUGGUGUGAAGAGACGAACGACAGCUCUCGUGGUUGGGGCAGGCGGUAUGGCGCGGGCUGCGAUGUACGCUUUGCUGCGUCUAGGGGUCCGGAAUAUCUUCAUACACAAUAGGACGCUCAAGCAUGCCGAGGAGAUGCUCAGGCACUUCCAAGGAUAUUGCUCCAAAAAUGGGAGAGGAAGUCAAUCGCGGUCGUCAUCCCGAAGCUCGGCGAACAGCGCGGAAGGCACACCUGACAGCACCACCGAUAUUCCAGCCAUGACUUUGCUAUCGUCCAAGUCAGAUCCUUGGCCAGAGAACUUUGACCGACCUACUAUUAUCGUUUCCUGCAUCUCGACGUUUGCGAAAGACGGCCAACCAUCUGCAGACACUAGUCUUCCCGCGGACUGGCUAGCUAGUCCGACGGGAGGUGUUGCCAUUGAGCUGUCGUACAUGCCGUUGGAGCCACCAUUACUCAAGCAGGUUCGGGAAAUGAGCGACCAAGGCUGGAUCGCUGUUGACGGACUGAAGGUUCUCCCGGAACAGGGAAUCAAACAGUUCGAGCUCUUCACUGCUCGAAAAGCACCCGGGAACAUCAUGAGAAACGAAAUUUUGAAAGCAUAUAAAGUGAGAGGCGGUAAUGGAGCUGAGUGA